AUGAAGUUUGUAGCACUCUUGAGUGGAGGCAAAGAUUCAUGCUAUAAUAUCGUACACUGUAAUGCGAAUGGCCAUGAACUUGUUGCUGCUGCUUCGUUAAGGCCUCCUACUGAAGGGGAGAUGGACUCGUUCAUGUACCAAACCGUUGGGCAAGACGCUAUCGAGCUUGUUGCCAAUGCUCUUGGCGUCCCACUAUUUCGACGUACUAUUGAUGGAUUAGCAAUAGAACAAGGAGGUGAAUAUGGUGAUAGAGCCGGAAAAGCAGAUCGGGAAAACGAGGGCGUAGAUGGGGACGAGACCGAAGACAUGUUUGCAUUGUUGUCGGAAGUCAAGGAAGCAUACCCAGAUGUUCAAGGUGUAUCCGUCGGCGCGAUUCUGUCGAAUUAUCAGCGCAUGCCAGAGGUUGGGACUCACGCCGUUGUUUAUCUCUGGCAACGGGAUCAACGGGAGCUAAUGUCAGAGAUGAUUGCAGCUGGGGUCGAGGCUAUCCUCAUUAAGAUGGAGCCUACUUUCCAUAAACUCAACGAUAAAUUUGGUGCCCAUAUAUGCGGCGAAGGAGGAGAGUAUGAAACCUUAACGCUGGAUUGCUCAGCGUUCAAGAGGCGCAUAACGAUAAAAGAAACGAAAACUGUAGUUCACUCUGAUCAUGGAUUUGCUACGGUUGCGUAUCUUCGGAUUAAAGGUGCCGUGCUGGAAGAUAAACCUCAAUCUACACCUUUGGCUCCAACAGUCCCUCCAUUACUGGAAGAGUUCUCCAUUGAGUUGGAACUAAGUUUAGUUGAACAACAGCAGUCUGAAAUUCAGGAUCCGCAUCUUAUCAAGAAUCCAGUAUCUCCACCAAUAGACACUCAGGUCAUCCAACAAAGUGACUGGCUUUUCAUAUCUAACGUCCAGUGUAAUCUUCCCAUCAUGAAUACACCUAUCGAGGAAGAGGUUAUAUGGUGUUUCGAUUCAAUCAAAUCCAUUUUGGAAAAGUCUGAUUUGAGCCUACAGCCUAAACACAUUGUCAAUACCGUUCUUCUCCUAUCCGACAUGAAUCUUUUCCCGCGUGUCAACAAGGCUUACGCACAAUAUUUUGGAACAAGCCCUCCCUCGCGAGCCUGCGUGGCAGUUGACCUUCCGGAGGGUAUUCGUGUCAGAAUCUCGUGUACUGCCUACAAGGACCAUCCGACUAUGAGACCUCUUUCACGUCAAGGGAGUGAUUGUCUGGUAGAUGGUGCGGAUAGAUUGGAGCUAGGAACGCGCUUGGGAUGCUUACCCAGGCAAGUAAUCCACCUCACUCGGCUUCCCGCGACCAUUAUUGCUGCCAAAUCGCUACCGAGAGGUGCAAUGAUUGAAGUCCAAGUACUCGCACAUUCGAACAGCAUACAGUCAACGGACCCUGAUAGCGAUGACGACUCAAGUUCAGCAAAAGUUCAUAUUUCUGAUGGUGAUUUACGGCCAGAGUAUGAGUAUAGGGUACGAAAGAUUGGUUUAAUGAGCUCUUCGCAACUGCGUUUGCUAGUAAUGAGGGUGAGACCCAAGGCCGCACAGUUCACCUACUUCCCUAUUAACGGAUGA